GUCCAAGCCUGGGCCCUUGGAGAGGGGGUCCAGACUGAGGCCAAGGAAAAAAACAACUCAAAGCCAUAGCACACGUAAGAGGGAAACAUCCAACAUCAAAGAACAAAGGACAUUAAAGACAUUAAAAGAGCAGAGCUUAUGCAACCAGCCACUUCUACAUACAGCUAUGAUUAAAAAGUAAAAGAAAGCUAUACACUGUGGUGGCCUCUGCGGUGUUCCACGCCAUCGUCUGCUGGGGUGGAGGGAGCACGGCCAGAGACAGGAGCAGACCCAACCAAUCAACCAAGAGAGCCGACUCCACUCUCGGCCGCCCACUAACUCGGCCGGUGGCCAGCCCCGCAUGGAUGAGCGAGGAUACGUCUAAGGAGACUGAUGUAAGUCACAGCAGCUCGGACGAGGCACCAAGCAGUGUUGGUGGCGAGCGUUUCCACAGAGUGUUUCCAGAGCGGCCAGCCUGAAAUUUCCUCCAGCCGUCAUGGGGGCCGUCUUCCUCAACCUGUCUGCGCUUUUCAUCGCGCAGCGCCCUGUCAACGACACGCCGCCCGAGAAGACGGUGUACGAGGGCUGCAGGGACAUGCCGGCCGUCCUCAUCUGGUACCUGGGCCUGCAGUUCAUCAACAUGUUCCUGGGCAUACCGGCCAACAUCAUGGUGCUGUGGCUCAUCCACAAGAACAAGGGCGACUCGUCCACGUCGGACAUCUUCAUCAUGCACCUGGCCGUGCUGGACGUCCUCUUCUGCCUCAUCCCUCCCUUGGAGCUGGCCAACAUCAUCUUCCUCACCACCAGCAGCACCUGGUACGUGCUGCGCUUCUUCUACGGCAUGAAGGACUCCUCGCCGCUCUUCCUCUCCUGCAUCUGCCUGGACCGCUACGUGGCCGUGGUGCACCCCCUCACCUUCACCCGGCUGAAGGACCGCCAGCACCGGGCGGCCCUCGCCGUGCUGGUGUGGCUGGUCACGCUGGCGUACGCCGCCGCCAAGUGCGUGGGCAACAUCGUCAACUUCGAGAAGGUCUUCACGGCCAUGAUCCUCGCCGCCUUCGCCCUCAUGGUGUUCUGUAACAUCGCCAUCCUGUGGGUGCUGCGGCAGUCCGGGCCCGGCCGAGACGAGAUGCACCCGGUGAAGAAGAGGGCCUUCAAGAUGGUGCUCAUCAUCUUAGCCAUCAUCGUGUUCAACUACUUCCCGCCCGUGGCGCUGUUCCCCUUCCAGCACUACUUCUCGCCCGACGUUUUCCGCUGCUACAUCCACUACGUCGCUUUCGGCCUGAUGGACUUCAGCAGCAGCAUCCAGCCCAUGCUCUACCUGUCCAAGGAGAAGAUGUCCUGUCCCAGAUGUUGCCGGGCCAACUCCACACGCCUUCAGUAGCUUAUCCAAUGUCUACCUUUUUGUUGUAACAAAGCCUUUUUUUUUAAAUGUUUGAAGACACAACCUAAUGAAAUCCAUUACAAGACAUGUACAAAACCCAAAACCACUGGAGUUGGCACGUUGUGUAAUUCGUAAAUAAAAACAGAAUACAAUGAUUUGCAAAGCCUUUUUAACUAAUAUUCAAUUGAAUGGACUGCAAAGACAAGAUAUUUAACGUUCGAACUGAGAAACUUAAUUUAGUUUUUGCAAAUAAUAAUUAACUUACAAUUUAAUGGCAGCAACACAUUGCAAGGGGCAUUUUUACCACUGUGUUACAUGGCCUUUCCUUUUAACAACCCUCCGUAAACAUUUGGGAACUGAUGAGACCAUUUUUUUUAAGCUUUUCCAGGUGGAAUUCUUUCCCAUUCUUGCUUGAUGUACAGCUUAAGUUGUACCGUUGUGGUAUUUUAGGCUUCAUAUUGCACCACACAUUUUCAAUAAGAGACAGGUUUGGACUACAGGCAGGCCAGUCUAGUACCCGCACUCUUUUACUAUGAAGCCACGCUGUUGUAACACGUGGCUUGGCAUUGUCUUGCUGAAAUAAGCAGGGGCGUCCAUGAUAACGUUGCUUGGAUGGCAACAUAUGUUGCUCCAAAACUUGUAUGUACCUUUCAGCAUUAAUGGUGCCUUCACAGAUAUGUAAGUUACCCAUGUCUUGGGCACUAAUACACCCCCAUACCAUCACAGAUGCUGGCUUUUCAACUUUGCGUCUAUAACAGUCCGGAUGGUUCUUUUCCUCUUUGGUCCGGAGGACAUGACGUCCAGUUUCCAAAAACAAUUUGAAAUGUGGACUCGUCAGACCACAGAACACUUUUCCACGUUGCAUCAGUCCAUCUUAGAUGAGCUUGGGCCCAGUGAAGCUAAUGGUGUUCCUGGGUGUUGUUGAUAAAUGGCUUUCGCUUCUCAUGGUAGACUUUUAACUUACACCUACAGUUGUAGCACUUUUCCAUGUUGCAUCAGUCCAUCGUAGAUGAGCUCGGGCCCAGUGAAGCUAAUGGUGUUCCUGGGUGUUGUUGAUAAAUGGCUUUCGCUUCUCAUGGUAGACUUUUAACUUACACCUACAGUUGUAGCGACCAACUGUAGUUACUGACUUUGAACUUUGCGUCUAUAACAGUCCGGAUGAUUAUUUUCCUCUUUGGUCCGGAGGACAUGACGUCCAGUUUCCAAAAACAAUUUGAAAUGUGGACUCGUCAGACCACAGAACACUUUUCCACGUUGCAUCAGUCCAUCUUAGAUGAGCUCGGGCCCAGCGAAGCUGAUGGUGUUCCUGGGUGUUGUUGAUAAAUGGCUUUCGCUUCUCAUAGUAGACUUUUAACUUACACUUACAGUUGUAGCACUUUUCCAUGUUGCAUCAGUCCAUCUUAGAUGAGCUCGGGCCCAGCAAAGCUGAUGGCGUUUCUGGGUGUUGUUGAUAGAUGGCUUUCGCUUCUUAUAGUAGACUUUUAACUUGCACUUACAGUUGUAGCGACCAACUGUAGUUACUGACAGUGGUUUUCCGAAGUGUUCCUGAGCCCAUGUGGUGAUAUCCUUUACACACUGAUGUCGCUUGUUGAUGCAGUACAGCCUGAGGGAUCGAAGGUCACAGGCUUAGCUGCUUACGUGCAGUGAUUUCUCCAGAUUCUCUGAACCCUUUGAUGAUAGUACGGACCGUAGAUGGUGAAAUCUCUAAAUUCCUUGCAAUAGCUGGUUGAGAAAUGUUGUUCUUAAAGUGUUUGACAAUUUGCUCACGCAUUUGUUGACAAAGUGGUGACCCCCGCCCCAUUCUUGUUUGUGAAUGACUGAGCAUUUCAUGGAAGCUGCUUUUAUACCCAAUCAUGGCACCCACCUGUUCCCCAAUUAGCCUGUUCACCUGUGGGAUGUUCCAAAUAAGUGUUUGAUGAGCAUUCCUCAACUUUCUCAGUCUUUUUUGCCACUUGUGUCAGCUUUUUUGAAACAUGUUGCAGGCAUCAAAUUCCAAAUGAGCUAAUAUUUGCAAAAAAUAACAAAUGUUAAGUAUCUUGUCUUUGCAGUCUAUUCAAUUGAAUAUAGGUUGAAAAGGAUUUGCAAAUAAUUGUAUUCUGUUUUUGUUUACCAUUUACACAACGUGCCUACUUCACUGAUUUUGGGGUUUGUAGAUGACCACUUUGUUUUAUUUUUUUCCAAAACGGAAGGACACGGUGGCCUUUUUUACGUUUUUCACAUUUUAUUAGUAAGCAUGUAACAAACAAAUUAAUUUCUGUCGAGAAAAAGCAAAAAGUAAUUGGUAUAAUUGUAUUAUAUUUAAAAUUGUAUUUUACUUGUAGCCUUUUUCUUUUCGGUGUGAUCCUCCUUCAUAAAGUUUUGAUGUAAGAAAUCUUUAAUUUGGAACCUGCGUCGAUGUGCAUAGAUGUGUCGUGGGUGUAUUGACUGUAUGUUUUUUUUUUUUUUAAAGGGAAUAUUUAUCAGUGUGCUUGUGAUUUGACACCAAAAUUUAAUUUUUUUUAAAAAGCCUUAUAAAGUUCCAAAUAUGAUACCAUGCAUCAUCAUCAUCAUUUCUUUUUAUUCCUUUCAUGAAAAUGCAUCUAUACAAGCCACAUACAGUUGACACUUUCAUUGUUUUUGUGUUUCUUAUACAUUUCCAUGAUCAGAAAGGAGCAGAUGGAAGAAUAAUAUUCAUAUAUUUAUCUGCCCCCUUUUUUAACACAAAUUAUUUUAGAUGACUUUAUCACUGUUCCCUCCACCAACACCCGAACUCCAACAUACUUUUUUAAUUUUCGUUUAAGCAUUUUCACAAUGACACGUCCAAUCAAAAUCUAAAAUCAGUUUGACAUAAUUCCAGUUGUCUCUUUUUGUAACUCUUUUUAAAUUCAAAGAUAUUCUUGCAACUUUUUAAGUCUUUCUUUAGAGGAUUCUAUGCUUUCACACCAGCAACAGACAAGCACAUUUGUUUCAAAUUUGUUCGCAGUCUUGGAUGUUUAAAAAUUAUACGGCCUUCUGUGGUUCUCAUCUUCAGACAUGAACACAAAUAACUUUUGUAAGUCCUUUGGAAGAACUUUUAUUUCUAGCUUUGAACAUCACUAAUAGAGUAUGCAAUUCUACAAUGUCUUUUAGUUUUAAUAAUCCUGCCCUAAUCCCACAUGCAUACACAAAAUAAACAUGUAUACCGGUAGUUGACAAACUGAUAUCAAACCACAAAUAUUCUAUUCUGACACUUUUAGGUAUAAAUGUGAA